UUUGUGUAAUAUGAAUUUACCAUGAUAGGUUUUUUUAAGAGCAGAGGGGAAAACGUAGUGUUUUACAUUUCCUACUCUAAGUUACCCAUAAUAUAAAUAUUUUACUCCUCGUAGACCUAUCAUAGCCUAAAUAGCAAUAAUGAUUAAUUGCAACCAAAUCGAUUGGUCUUACUUUCACUUUCCAAUGCAUAAAUGUAGCCUAGCUGUAUGAUUUAAGUUCGCUUUUAUUAAUUAAGAUCGCUAUAUGCCAUUAUCAUAAAAUUCAAAUCUAUUCAUAUCAUAACAUCCAAAUGGCCUUAACUUUUUCGUAUUUUUGUAUUUUAACGAAUCUAUUAAUCCCCUGGGAAAUCCGAAGUCCGCUAAAACUGACCUAUAUAAUCGCUGCAGGCUCCGUGUGUGACCUACUUUUGUCAGUUGGAUCUACACUUGGACGAUGGCUGCACGGAUAGUUUGGGGUACAAGAUGUAAACAAACUUUGCAAAGUUUGCUGCGUUAUGGAAGGUUCUACAGUUCCAGCCAACAGUCCCAGCUGAAAUGGAGCUAUGUACAUGGACAGUCAGACGUCUCUCCAAGGGGGAUAACUAUUGGAAAUCUUCUCCAGGAGAGGGUAGAAAUGUCACCUGAAAAGGAAGCUGUUGUUUUCUGCUCCCAAAAUAUCAGGAAAACAUAUAGCCAGUUUCUGGAAGAGGUUGACAAGCUUGCCGCGGGAUUGGUCAGUCUGGGGCUGGAGAGAGGUGAUCGUGUUGGGAUUUGGGGCCCUAACAGUUAUGAGUGGGCUCUCACACAGUACGCUACAGCCAGGGCUGGGCUCAUCCUGGUGAAUGUAAACCCACAGUACAAGGAACAGGAGCUGGAGUUUGCCCUCAGUAAGGUAACUUGCAAAGCGAUCAUCGUAUCUGAGAAAUUUAAGGACCAGAAUUAUUAUGAGAUUCUGAGAGAUGUGGUACCGGAGCUGAGGAGUAGUACUCCCGGAGACAUUAAAAGUCACAGGCUGCCAUCUCUGAAGAUCUUGAUUACCAUGGGAGAUAACUCCUACAGUGGUGGGUUUAAGUUUAGUGACGUACUAGGUGCUGCCACAGCUGCUGAGUACCGUGGUAUAAUGGACAUUCAGAGAAAGCUACAGUUUGAUGAUCCAAUCAACAUCCAGUUUACAUCAGGUACCACUGGAGUACCGAAGGGAGCUACGUUGUCUCAUCAUAACAUCGUAAACAACAGCCAUUUUGUGGGGAGGCGCCUGGGAUAUCAUACGGAGGAGAGUAGGAUCUGUGUGCCGGUGCCACUGUAUCACUGCUUCGGUAUGGUCAUGGCAAGUUUAUGUACCAUUACACAUGGAGCCAAGUGUGUGUACCCCGGACCAGGCUUUGAUGCAGGGGCCUCUCUGAAAGCUGUAGCAGAUGAGAAGUGUACAGCUCUGUACGGAGUACCUACCAUGUUCAUCGACAUGCUCAACCACCCAGAUUUUGACCAGUUUGACCUGACGUCCCUCAGUACAGGUAUUAUGGCGGGGUCACCUUGUCCUGUGGAAGUGAUGCUACAGGUUAACGAGAAGAUGCACAUGCCCAAAGUAACAGUGGCGUACGGUACAACUGAGAACAGUCCUGUGACUUUCCAGACAAUGAGGGACGACAGCCUAGAAAAGAGGACAUCUACAGUAGGACGACCCUUGGACCAUGUAGAGGCCAAGGUCGUGGACGAGGAUGGGAACAUGGUUGCCGUGGGAACCAGGGGUGAGCUGUGUAUCCGUGGAAUCAACACAAUGCUGGGGUACUGGGAUGACCCAGAGAAAACAGCUGAAGUUAUCAGCACAAGUCGAUGGUACUCAACAGGGGAUACUGCAGUUAUUGACAAGGACGGAUUUUGUAAAAUUGUCGGUCGAAUAAAAGACUUAAUCAUUAGAGGUGGAGAAAACAUUUAUCCCAUGGAGAUUGAGGAUGUGUUGUAUAAACACCCAAAGAUAAAGGCUGUUCAGGUAGUUGGAGUACCAGACAAACGUCUGGGGGAGGAGAUCUGUGCCUGGAUUGAGGUCAAGGACGGUCAGAAGUUCACAGAGCAGGAGGUGAAGGACUUCUGUAAGGACAAGCUUGCCAGAUAUAAAGUGCCCAGGUACAUCAGCUUUGUGAAGGAGUACCCACUGACAGUGACGGGCAAAGUACAGAAGUAUAAGAUCCAGGAGGCGGCUACCAAGGAGUUAGGACUGGAAAAUAUAUUAUCUUAAUGAUUGUGAGGUGGUUACUACAGAGCCUAGGACUGGAAAAUAUAUUAUCUUAAUGACUGUAAGGUGGUUACUACGGAGUCAGGACUGGAAAAUAUCUUCUCCUAAACGUGUGAGGUGGCUACCAUGGAGUUAGGACUGAAAAAUCUCAUCUCUUAAUGAUAAGGUUGAGAAGUAUAAGAUCCUUGAGACUUCUACCACAGGGUUAAGCCUGGAAAAUAUCUUCUUUUAAUGUCUUUGUAUGAGUGACCAAGGGAUGAAGAUACAGAACUAAUGGUUGUGACCCUGCUCCUGACUUCUGAUUAAACGUACCAGAUUACUCUGACUCUUGUGUUGGUUUGGUGUACGUUAUGGGAAAAAAAGUUAUUUCUGAAAUCUGAACUUUCCUGUACACAGAUUGUAUAAACCAGACACACCGUGGUGAUGACUACCAAGGAUAUUGGGAUAUCCUCUGGACAUUUUUUAAUGUAACAUGUAUUUAUGUUCAGGCUUGAUGAAAUACUUUAUAAAUAUCAGUUUCUUUAAACUACCAUUGUCUUAAGACUGUAGAUAAGGUCAUGACUGUUGGAGGUAUGUUUAUGAUUCUAGCAUCCGCCUCUAGGUGUGUUUUAAAGUGUAAAGAUAAAUAAUUAGAUACCUGACUGAUACUUGUCAUCUUACUGAACUGGUUACCAUGGAAACCACAACAAAUGGAUGUUCCACAAAACGGACACAGAUUACGUGUGACGUGUAUGCUUUAAGUGCCAGUUAAUUAGAAUAAAUUUUGUGUCAUUAGGAAAUGGUUGAUCAAGUUCAACCCAUUUAUAUAUCACACUUGCAUGCUGGGUUUUAAAUUUUUACAUGAUUGUUAAAAUAUGUUUAUAUUUUACAUGAUAUUGUGUAUGCCAGAAUAUACUUUGUUACUUUUGAUAUGAAAUGUAUUUGCUAUUGUUACAAUUUGUCAAUAAACAGCAUUCAUUCUUGUUA